AAGACCCCAGCGGCCAAUGAGCAUUAAAAUUUGAAAUUACGUGCGCGAAUACACGAGAUAACAACGCGGAAGGAAAACAAAACCAGUUAGCCCACAAGCUACCUACCAGUCCUACACCGCUCUUACCCUUCAACGCCUUCCCAGUUAAUAGCCCAGAAUUUUCAAGAACAGAACAGUAGGCCCAGAGAUGUCGUGCUGCUUGUCUUGCCUUGCUGCUUCUACUUGCGGCCUGUGCGGCUCCGUGGCCGCUGGGAUUUCCAGGAAAUCAGCUAGACUUGCUUAUUGUGGUCUCUUCGGCCUUUCCUUGAUCGUUUCUUGGAUCCUUAGAGAAGUCGGAGCUCCUCUGUUAAAGAAAAUCCCAUGGAUAAGCUCUUCUCAGACUCACACCAAGGAGUGGUAUCAAAUAGAAGCAGUUCUUCGUGUGAGCUUGGGUAAUUUCUUGUUUUUCGUCACAUUUGCCCUUAUAAUGAUUGGAGUGAAGGAUCAAAAUGACAGACGGGAUUCGUGGCAUCAUGGUGGAUGGAUUGCCAAGAUGGUGGUCUGGCUUUUGCUUGUCAUUCUCAUGUUUUUCCUUCCAGACAUCGUCAUUACAAUCUAUGGUGUCCUUUCAAAAUUUGGGGCUGGCUUAUUUUUACUCGUCCAAGUGCUUAUCUUACUAGACUUUACUCACUCAUGGAAUGAUGCAUGGGUGGAGAAAGAUGAACAAAAAUGGUAUAUUGCCUUGCUUGUUGUAUCAAUUGUAUGCUACCUUGCAGCAUUUACGAUCUCAGGCAUUAUGUUCAUUUGGUUCAACCCCUCUGGCGAAGACUGUGGCCUUAAUAUCUUCUUUAUUGUCAUGACCAUGGUUCUUGCAUUUUCAUUUGCAGUUAUUGCAUUACACCCUCAGGUUAAUGGCAGCCUCCUUCCUGCUUCUGUGAUAUCUGUUUAUAGUGCUUAUGUGCUCUACACAGCUCUUUCCAGUGAACCUCGUGGCUAUGCUUGCAACGGUCUUCACCAUUCCAAAGCAGUCUCUGUAAGUACCCUUCUUCUUGGGAUGGCGACAACUGUUCUUUCAGUUUUGUACUCUGCACUUCGUGCUGGAUCAUCCACAACUUUUUUAUCACCACCAUCUUCACCGAGGGCAGGCGCAGCUGAAAAGAAACCUCUUCUCGAUGGCAAAGAGUUGGAAGAAGGGAAAGAAACCAAGGAAAAAGAAGCAAAGCCUGUUAGUUAUUCCUAUACUUUUUUCCACCUGAUAUUUGCCUUGGCUAGCAUGUAUUCAGCAAUGCUUCUUUCGGGUUGGACCGACUCAUCGGAGAGCUCAGAUCUGAUAGACGUUGGUUGGACAUCGGUUUGGGUCCGAAUCUGCACAGAAUGGGUGACUGCUGGACUAUAUGUUUGGUCCCUUGUGGCUCCUUUUCUUUUACCUGAUCGUGAGUUCUAGGUUCCUCCCUCUCUUUGUUUCUGAGGUUCCCAGAACUGUCAAUAUCUUAAUCAUGUAAUUAUCUUAUGAGCUUUCUAGAUAGUCAUUGUUGGGGGUCUGAAGUAAACUAAAGUUUGAGCUGGGCGAUGUUAUAUCAUUAUGUGAUAGAAAUUUCGAGGUGUUUAAGGCAUGUUUUGUAGCAUACAUGGAAGAAACAUUGCAAUAAAAUCAGAUGUACAUCUUAAAUUUCUUCUGUUGAAAGCUCUUUCUGCCUUGUAGAAUUAAA